CAAACUACCGCCGCUUGAUAAAACUUAAAAAAUAUAAAAAUCCAAACCAAAAAAAAAAAAGAAAAAGAAAGACAAGAUGAUAACCAAAGCGGCAGUUUUAGUUUCAGCCUCUGUUACUGCAGCCUCAUCUUCAUCUUCCAAAUCUCUAAUAAAUCCAUCACAUCGGUAUUUGUGUCUGGAAAGGCUGUCUUUUGUAAACUCCUUGUCAGUCUCUGCUUUAGCCAUCAAAUGGAGAAGUGUUAGCAAUUGUAGUCCCAACAAGUUUUCCAGAAUAAUGAAGACAAGGGCAUCUACUCAACCUUUGAAGAACGCCGACGAGCUUAUCGCUUCCGUGGAGACUUUCAUCUUUGAUUGUGAUGGAGUUAUAUGGAAGGGAGAUAAACUAAUAGAUGGAGUCCCUGAAACGCUUGAUAUGCUUCGGUCAAAGGGAAAGAGACUGGUUUUUGUUACCAACAACUCGACCAAAUCUAGGAAACAAUAUGGUAAAAAAUUUGAGACACUUGGUCUGAAUGUCAAUGAGGAGGAAAUUUUUGCAUCAUCAUUUGCUGCUGCUGCAUAUUUGAAGUCCAUUAAUUUCCCAAAAGAUAAAAAAGUUUACGUCAUUGGUGAGGAUGGCAUCUUGAAGGAGCUUGAGCUUGCUGGAUUCCAAUACCUUGGUGGGCCAGACGAUGGCGGAAAGAAGAUUGAAUUAAAACCAGGGUUUCUAAUGGAGCAUGAUAAAGAUGUUGGGGCUGUUGUGGUUGGAUUUGAUCGAUACUUCAACUACUAUAAAGUCCAGUACGGAACACUUUGUAUACGUGAAAAUCCUGGUUGUCUUUUCAUUGCUACAAAUCGUGAUGCUGUCACUCAUCUUACAGAUGCUCAGGAAUGGGCUGGUGGUGGUUCUAUGGUUGGUGCCAUUUGUGGGUCUACUCAACGUGAGCCACUUAUUGUGGGAAAGCCCUCAACUUUUAUGAUGGACUACCUAGCAAACAAAUUCGGCAUCCUCAAGUCUCAGAUAUGCAUGGUUGGGGACAGAUUAGAUACUGACAUUCUGUUCGGACAAAAUGGUGGCUGCAAAACUCUUCUUGUUCUCUCAGGCGUGACUACUUUGUCUAUGCUUCAAAGCCCCAGCAAUUCCAUACAACCUGAUUUCUACUCCAAUAAGAUCUCAGAUUUUCUUUCUCUCAAAGCUGCAACAGUAUGAUCAUGCAAGGACUUGGUGGUGUUGUGUUUUUAGUCUUCUCUCACAUUACUAAUUUACCAUCAGAUAUAGAAGCCCUCAGCAGUUGAAGGGCAAUGGUUCACAACAGUUUUAAAUUGUAAAAGUUGUUCAUCAAUGAAUGAUGCAAUGUAGAUUAUUGUUUUACUA